AGAAGAAGAAUCAAUCUCACUCAUGUAACUCUUACGUGAGUGACUCUCAGUAAAGUCACUGAGAGUUUCUGUCAAGUACGUUAUGCAUCAUAGGGAGCCCGACUUUAUUUUGUGUCACGAAGCUAUGAGUAGUUAAAACUGUGCCGCUUUGUGUGAAAUCUGCACUGGACCCAUGUCCAAGAGGUAACUGCUCUCUUUUUUACGAUGGCCAAAACACUGGCACUGAGGCUGCAUUUGCUGAGACAUUUGGAUGACCAAAUCCUUCCUUCACUGAAAGCAUGCACUGGUAAGCGUCUGGUUUCUCCCUGUCUUCGAACCUUCGCUGGCUGCUUUCCUACACGUUCCAACCUCAGUCCAAGGCGUAUAUGCACCACAGAACGAGACCCACUUUUCCUUGUUGCUGGAACCAUUCGCCCUUACCAGGAGCUCCUCACCAGUGGAAGUGGUCUGUCAUUGUUGCACCACCUUACUUCUGAUGAGGACCACACCUUUAUGAAACGACUCUCCUCCUGUGCUUCAUCUCAGCAAGUUCUACUUCUUUUGCAAUCUUACCCUGUCCUCUCAGCUGCAGCAGCAGCAUCUAUACUUCACAGACUGGCUGACUUGGAGCAGGAUGCCACAUGUGGUCUUCGGAAACCAGAGAUACUGCUAUCAGAUUUGGCCCUUAAUAAACUUUGUCAAAGACUGGAACAUGAUUCAGCCGGAUUAGAGGAUGAAGUGUUGGUUAGAGCUCUCCUGGGCUGUACACGUCUCUACCUUGACCCUCAGAGCCGCCUAGUGCAGAGGCUAGUGUUCGAAUGCCAGAAGAGAUUGGAUUUGGAACAGUUAAGUGUUGAAGCGCUAUGUGGGAUAUCAAGGGCUUUCUUUGCAUUGGAAGGGCCUGACGGUUGGAUGGUAAAACGGGCUAUAAAUCAGCUCCAAAAUAAAGAACCAGCUCAAUGGAAUAUGGCAGAGCUAGUUGCUGUUUACUGCAUGCUAGCAAAUAGUUUGGGUGAAGAUGGACACUACCUGGAGCUUCUAAAUGAAAUGAAUGCGCAGGCACUUCGACAGGCGCAACGAAUGGACCCAGUGGCAGUUAGUAAGAUUCUAGGUGCUUUAGUCACAUUGAGACAGAAUCAAGCAUUACCACUUGUAAUUGCGCUUUGCAAGCAAGCUGUUCAUCAUGUGCAAAACUUUGCAGAUGCAGAACUGACUGUGGUGUUGUCAGCACUUAUGCACUAUGGACACAGCGACCACUUUCUUGUGGAAGCUCUUGAGCGUCAUGUGCCCAAGGUUGCCUUCACCGCUCAUGCAGAAACCGUAACCAAGGUGAUGCAGUAUUUCCAGAGACGGCGCAUUCUUUCUCCACCAGUUUUUAACACUGUGGCUGAGAGUUUUGUGUAUCGCGCAGAGGAGUACUCGACGUGGCAGGUGUCACAACAGAUAGCUGCCCUGGGAGAUUUGGGAUAUCUGCCACCUGACGCUGGGAGAUUGUUCGGAAAGGUGGAGUCUGUUUUGCAUGCCCGGUUUUCACAAUUUCAGCCCAGAGCCCUUCUAGACCUACUGUAUGCCUGUACACUUCUACAGAGGUACCCACUUAACUUCGUCUCAAAAGUCUUCAGCCCUUACUUCAUGCAGCAGCUACAGGGGGAGGGCAAUGGGUUGGAUCCCAUAGUUCUUGCAAAGCUGACUCAACUCUACAUGACUGUAAAGCUGGAGUGUCCAUUUUAUGAUGGUCCACGACUUUCACCAAAGUUUCGUGUGAAGUCAUUUUUGGCUUCUGGACAGUCUUUGGAAACUCACGUGGAACCUCAAUUCUACAAUGCUGUGAAGUCUGGCCUAGUGGAUCUGCUGGGAGCUCGAUCUUACUUUGCUUCCAGAGUACUUACACCAUACUGCUAUACGCUAGACAUUGAGAUAAAACUAGAUGAAGAAGGGUAUGUCCUGCCUGCCUGUCAUUCAGAAGAAAUCCAUAAGAGAAUUGCUCUCUGUAUUGAUGGGUCAAAGCGCUUUGCAGCUAAUGCAGAGAAACUACUAGGCAAGGAAGCCAUCAAGCAGCGUCAUCUGAGGAUUCUGGGAUAUGAAGUUGUUCAGGUUCCAUACUAUGAGUUUGAAAAACUCAAGAAUAAAGAGCAGGUUGUGGAAUAUCUGCACAAGAAGAUAUUUCCUAACAGCUACAGACUCAGCUGGUGACAUCUGGAUCACUAAAUGCAUAUUGAAUUCCUAUUUCGAAAAGCAGUAGAUUUAUUAGGUAUAUAAAUGUUUACUUUUGUGUACUUAAUGUUU